UCUAGAUAGAUAUAUACGCCCAUUAAUACAAAUAAAACUAGAUGAUUUCGAUAAGAUCUCAGACUGACUUAGCCUAAUGUUUAUUUUGUGCAGUAUUCUUCGUAGAAGUUCAGCAGACUGUCUAUCCUAUCAAUUUUAUUGAAAUAAAUAAACUAUGGCAGACAUUGGUUGGGGAGCUUUGCAAGAUUCUGAGGGAUUUGGAACAUUAGGAGAUGAUGUAGAUGACUACAAAUUGUUGACCACAGAAGAGCUUACAAAUUUGGUGGAGCCAGCCACCAACAGUGACAGUUGCCCACUAGACCUAGAAUCAAACUCUAAAUUAAAACUACAACAUGCAUCCCAUGGCAUGAUUUAUGCUAACCAAAAGCAGUUGCUUUGGGACCUGUAUGAACAGAAAGGAUUAGUGAUGAUGCAGAUGAGGUUUGAUGGUGUUUUAGGUUUUCCAGGUGGGUUAGUGGAUGAAGGUGAAACACCUGUUGAAGGUAUGAAUCGUGAAAUGCAUGAAGAAAUAGGCCUUGAUCUCACCAAGUAUUCAUUCAAUGAGCAACAUCAUAUAGCUUCUUAUUUGAAUAAAGCAAAAAAUCUUGUUCUUCAUUUUUAUUUAAUGGAAGUAACUGUAGAAGACUUUUCAACACUUGAGUUAAAAACUUUAAAUGCUAAAGAGUAUGGAAUAGAGACAUAUGGGAUUAUAAGAGUUCCACUGUUCACUAUGGGUGAUGGAUUAAGAGGUUUCCCAGCAUUCCUAGCCAAUCAAUUUGCAGGCCAUUCAAGAUGUGAGCUUAUUCUUGGGCUAUUAACAGCUAAACUUUUUACAGAAAAUGAAAUGGCUAUUGCCUUAAGCUCUUAUCGGCAAUAUGCUGAGAGUUUGAGAAACAAAAAGCUUCUUUAACACAUUUUUUAAUUUAUCACAAAAGUUUACUUAGCCUUGGUGUUAUAAUCAUUUAAUGGUUUAAUUUAAAAGGGUAUAAAUGGUGGGAUGUUAAGGUUUUUUUUUAAUUGAAAAACAUAAUAAAUGGAUACAAAUGGUGGGAUGCUAUAGCUGUGUUAUGUUUAAUAUAAAAAUUCUGUUAACUUUAUCAAUAUUUCUAAAAAAAAUGUAAUUCACCAUAAUGCUCAUUGAGGAAUUCAGAACAUAUCAGUAGUGCUCAUCCAUAAAUAACUUCACCCUUUUUGUUACAAUUUUUACCUCCCCCUCUCCAACAUCACAAAGUCAGAUCUCUAUUCUUUCUACUAAAAUUAAAUAACAUAACACUUAAUUAAGCCCAUUAGCCACUUCAAAAAGACAUUUUUUUAAAAACCUGUUCCAUACUGCUAAAUAGUAGUGUGAUAUCUUUAAUGGACAACCCCUACUUUAAAACUAAAAGGUUAACAUUUCUUUUGAAUUUGUUGAGUUUGUUUCUCAAGGUUUUAAUGAGUUACACUUACACUUUGAUUACUUAAACUAAACCUCAAUGCAGCAUAAAUAUAUUUACAUAUAUUUAGCAAGUGACCCCAUGUAUAAAUUAUCUGUUUUUCUCAAAAAUCAAUUUUUAACCAAAUCAAUGUGAAUUUUUUCAAAGAUCUGCAUUUUAUAUAUUCAUUAAAACUUGUUUUAUUUUCUCAAAAUUGUGUUCAAACUACUUUUACUUUUUAUGAGUAUAUAAUAGUGUUAUGAAUGGUAUUGCAUGGGUAUAAGAGUAUGUGUGUUGCUGAAUGAUUUUGUAUUAAAAGACUGACUGUGUGACGAGGUACAAAGAGGGCAAAGAAUGUGAUAUUUGACAUUAGCAUUAUUAUUGCUGGGGAAAGGUUAGGGCAGUCUGUGUCAUGUUGUGCUGUUGGGUACUCAUCCCAUCGUCAUGAAUGUAGUUAAGUCUUUGUAUACUUUGUGAACGUCAUUUUCCAUGUCUAUCUGCUGCAAUAAACCAUGGAUUAAAACUAUGCAAU